CCCCCGAAUCGCUGAUGUGUUCCAAGCCAGAACUUACCCCAAGAAGCUCCAUCUUCUACCCAGCAUGACCUCCAUCGUUGCGCAGGACCAACCAAGCGUAGAAGUUGCCGACAAUCUUGUCCGCAGCGUCAAGGAAGGAAAUGACCCUCAAUCAAUCUUCUAUCUCAAUCCCAUCUCAGCAGAGAAUCCUGCUACCCGCCUGGUGGGCCUCUGGACCACGCUCCACUUUUGGGCGACCAGAAUCGAAAACACAGUCUCGAGCAACCUUGGAUUUGACGACAAAGGCCUUCAGGCAAGCUGGGAUCGAGCUGCAUAUCGUCCCCGAUUAUUAGAUCACCUGGCUAGAAUCACUCCUUGGAUGAUGAAUGUUCGAGAUUUCUCCGAGGCAGGCCAAAAUGUAAAGCUCACUGGUGAAUACCAUCACGACAAGCUUGUCUACCAGCUUGCUAUCCGACGAUUUCUUGGACCAAGUCUCCCCGAAGGCUUGGAAGAGAGGAUGCGGAUCGUUGAGAGAUACAUGGCAGAGACGUUGGUGCUCGGCCAAGACCAACUGACCAAAGUACGUCGGUUCGGGUUGACUUUUCCGAUGACGUUACGCCAGGGUCCUUUGGAUACACAAGUGAUCCGCGUAAUGAUGAUCAGCUUUGAACAGGACGUGGAUGGUGACGGAAAGACGUUGGUGAUAUCGAAGGCGGGUUAUGAUGCGGGACUUAACACUAGCUUGUUCGAUCAGCAGAGGUUCGAUCAGGCCAUUCUAGACCGUGGAAGGGCGAUUGUGACGGAUUCCACUUUUGAUGUUAUUGUCUAAGUAUUUGCAAGCAUCCACGCUGUCUAUCGGGACCGUUACGAGCUAGUACCAAUUAAUCAUGGGUUGAAGUGGAAUCAUUAAUCGAUUCUAUAGGAUGUAAGCAGAGCUUUUGCGUGAUGUUGUGACUUGUUACGUGGGACGGAG